GGUACUGGCACUGCACUAUGGCGGCCCCAGUUCUUGCUCUAAAAUCUUGCUUGCUAUGACAGAUAUUGUUGACGUUUUUGUCGUAUUUCGUUUUUUACUUUCAUUUUAUUGUUUUCAUAUCAUUAUUCCAUCAUCAAAUGUCCCUUUACAAUGGAGUUAACAUUGAAACCAGCUCACAAAAUAGUACUCUUGAAUCAGGGGUUUCUGAAAACGAGAACAGUUUUGACCAGGAAGAUAUCUCGCCUAAAAGUUUCCGAGGCUUCGUAAAGAAGCCCGUUGUCGUCGUGCCGCGUUACGACGUAACUCCGUAUCUGAAGAAACAUUGUAUGACCGCCAACACAGACCGCCGACAUAAUCAUCUCGACAGUCUUAUGAAAUAUGUGAGAAAUUGUUCAGUAAGGGUUGCCAGGGAUGACCUGAGGAAGUUGCAAAGUCUGUUGUUAAUUCGGUCUCCUCGUUCGGACAUCUCAGAGUCCAAGAUUGACGAAGCAAUGGGCCAUUUAAGGUGUAAAAUUUGUGAAAAGAUAUACUCCAGUGAAAAGAAACUACAAAAUCAUCAACAGAACAAACACAUGAUUGUCUACCGGCCUAAGAGCAAGCCACAGAAAAAGGUGUCUUUCUCAGACCAUGUAAUUGUGCAUGAGGUAAAAGAAUAUCAUAAAUGCAGAAAGUGUCCUAGGAUAUUUGAAGAUUACAAGUUGCUGAAAGGUCAUAUGAAAAAGUGGCAUAGAAAACGUAAAUGUUAUAUUUGUAAUUAUUGUAAUAAAAAAUUUGUUGAUAGGAUGUUCUUCAAAGUCCAUAUACGGCUACAUUGUGACGUGUGUGGACUUCUUCUACAGAAUAAAUCAAAACUACAUGAACAUCGGCGAAUAGUCUGUCGUGUGUUCAAACUUCAUGAUUGCAAAACAUGCAAAACUUCUUUUUUUAAAUUCAUGGACUUAAAAGACCAUAGUUAUGAACAUUUGGGUACAUUUUUCAUUUGCGAUAUAUGUAAAGAUCAGUUUGCAACUAAAUGUGGGGUUGCGCACCAUAUAUCAUUCUUGCAUUCCAAACGUAGACCAAAAUCAUUAUACAACAUGAGGACUCUCGGAUCAGAAAGGUUGUACCUUUGCAACUUUUGUGACGAAAGCUCAGUCGAACGCGAUUUGAUAGAAGCUCAUUUGCAUUUGUUGCCAGACUUGUCCAACCGUGCAAUGACAGGUUACAAGGAUUAUUAUUUUUGUGAUCAAUGCUUGAAGAAGUUUGACACCGAGAAAGAUAUGCUGCAACACAAAUGGUCACAUUUUCUAAAGACAACUGACAAUUCACAGAUACGAGCAAGUAUAGAGAGCGCACCAAAAGUGAAAACUAAGUUUAAAGUCGGUGAAAAGAUACCGGAUUAUAUGCUGCCGAGUGUGGUUGUGGAGAAGAUCAUAGUGGGAGGGAAAGACCUUGAGGACACUAUAGACUUUGUGGAUGUGAACAGUUUCGAUGUCCAUAAUGGGAUGAUCAAAAAGGCUGUAGUGGAUCCUAGGAGCAAGAAGACAAUUGUUUCUAGACAUCAGUGUGAGACUUGUCAUAAGUUCUACUCGUCAAGAUACUGCCUGAAUCGUCACAUUGAAACUCAACACGGAGACUACGAGAACCUCCGAUGUAAAGUCUGCGAGGAGACAUUUGUAUGGCCGUCAUUGCUUAAAACUCACAAAUGUAUCCGCUCCUUUAUUCCCGAAAUGCCAUUCGAAGACGCCCGUCCCGAGAUACAUUUCGAUAACCUGAAUGAAUUAACUCAAAACAGUAUUGACAAUUUUAAUAUAGUGGACAGUGAUGAUUACAUGAACUCUGUAGACUUUGAGAUCCCCGCUCCAAUAGUUUCGUUGAAUGAAGGUGAUGAACAGUUUAUUCCUAAUGAUAAUACAUUACAGAAUAUAGGUUAUAAAGUGGUUAUGCAAGAAGUACCGAUAGAAUUUUAAGUAGAUAUUUUAUUAUUUACUAGUUAAAAAUGAUUCUGAUACUACAGAAUCAAUGAGUGUUACUUGAUCAUGGUGCAAGUGAUCGUGUGAACUGGUCACUGUCUUCUUUUGUUUUGUUAAACAAACAUUUUUUUUGUGAUUUAUACACUUGUUGGUUAAAUAAAAUUAGACCAAUGAGCGUGCUCAAUAGAAUUUUAAAUUGAAAAUUCAAUAAUAUAAAUUAUAAGACUAAUGAUGUCAGGACGCAAUAGAAUUCGUUCCCGACUAACUUGCUAUAAGUCUGAAGGGUCUGGUACCUUUACUGCUUGACCAUGAAGGCUUUUUAAUUAUGUUUUACCAUGAUAUUAUAUUUUUUCCAAAUAGGUAUGAAAAUUGUAAAUAUAGCUAACUCUUACCAAUACCUAUACUAAUUUAAGUACAAAAAUUAGAUGAUACUAAGCUGUAUAUCGUUACUCAAUAUGGGAAUAUGGGAUUACAUUACGGCGCUUGUUAUUUUUCUCUCUGUGAAGCGUUUGAGUAGACUACACUGAUAAUUUGCCUGUCAAGUAUAUAUAAACCCUUUGAACCUAUUUUCUGAUGACUUAAAACGAGACAGCUUUAGUUUUCGCGCGAAAUAAAACCGCUGGCCACAUAUUCAGUUUUCAGCUUAGGUCACUAACGUGGACAAAAAAGCGCUAGUUUAGCGGUAAAAGCGCUAAUUGCAACACUGAAUGUAAAAAUUUCUUGUAAUUUUCACAUUUAAUGUUUCACAGCAUACAAAUAAGCGUCUUCUCAAGAUUAUUGGCUCUGUCUACCCUGCAAUGGAUAUAUAUAUAUUUCACUAUACAAAGUAGUUAGUGUAAAAAGUUACAAUCAUAAGGCAAUGUAAAAAGAAUUAAACAAAUUGUUUUACUAAAACUUGUAUAAUUUAUAAAAUUUAAAAUUUCUGUUCUAAUUUCAGCAAUAAUAUAUAUAUUUUUUUUUUACACUUGCAGAUAUUUAAAUAAACAAGCAUAAAAAGUUUUAUGUCUAGUUGCAGAAUAAACAUGUUUCGUCUCAAUGUUUAUCCUGUAAGAGUAUCUGCAUUCAUUGUUAGUAACAAAAGUUUAACUAUGUACUUACUGCUGUAUUUAUUAUCAUUGCUAUUAAUGUUUAAGUUUUGCCAUAUAUUAACUUGUUUAUUUUAUUUUUAAAUAUUUAUUGCAUGGUUAUUCUGUAGUUCUAUGAAAGAUGUUCAUUAUCACACUGGAAUUACAGCUAAAAUGACUGAAUGAAUGAAAAUGAAUGUACGCAUGUAAAAAAUAUAUGCAUAUAUUAAUUUGUACGUUUUUUUUUAAGUACGCUCUAAUGCCAUCAUAAAAAGUCUAUUUUGCUUUUAAGCACCUUUUUUUGUUAUAUAAAUGUAUUUGUGUGCAAACUGGUCCCCGAAACAUAGAUACAUUACCGUUGUAAUUAUAAGUACAUAAUAAAUUGUACAUAUAUAAGAAUUUGUUUCAUUAAAAAUGCUUUUGUUGUUUUGCGAGGCCGCCCGCGACUUCAUCCUAACAA